AAUAAUAAAAAAACCACCAUCCUGAUUAUUAAUUAAACCAUCAAUAUAUCAAAAAAAUCAAUCAUGGAACCACUUUCAAAAAUAGCCAACGAAUGUCCAAUCAAAGAGGAUAUCGUUAUUUCUGGCAUUUCAGGUCGUUUUCCUGAAGCCGAUAAUAUGGAUGAAUUUGCACAGAAAUUAUUUAGCGGUGAAGAUAUGGUCACCCGUGAUGAUCGUCGUUGGCCAGUUGAAAUCAACGAUAGUCUUGGAUCACGUACAGGCAAACUUAAAAGUUUGGACAAAUUCGAUUCAUCAUUCUUUUCCAUGUUGACGUAUUUGUCACAUUCUAUGGAUCCUGUAUCACGUAUCGUAUUGGAAACAACUUAUGAAGCAUUCCAUGAUGCCGGCGUUUGUCCACAUCAAAUUCGUGGUUCCAAUACUGGCGUCUAUUUUGGCAUCAACACUAUCGCUCAAGCUGAUGGUUUGCCACAGGAUGAUUUCAAUGACAUCUUCACUAAAGAGGCUGCUUUUUGGGUCUAUGGCAAUUCAAAAGUAUUGUACGCCAAUCGUAUUUCUUUCUUGUUCGAUUUUCAAGGACCUAGUUUGGUUAUCGAUACGGCUUGUUCAGCAUCAUUGGUCGCUUUGGCUACAGCCAUGAAUGAUAUCCGUAUGGGUGUCUGUGAUACGGCUGUUGUUGCAACGGGUAAUUUGGUUCCGGCACCAUUCGGUAAUUCAAUCUAUUCCUGUGUCGGUCUUUUGGCUUCCGAUGGUAAAUGUAAAGUAUGGGAUAAACGUGCUGAUGGUUUUGUACGUUCAGAAACAAUUGGUGCAGUUAUUCUACAACGUCGUUCGCAAGCAAAACGUGUCUAUGCAACUGUAUUGCAUUCAAAAGUUAAUUCCGAUGGUUUCAAAUCGGUCGGUCUUUUUGCUCCUUAUUGGCUUCGACAGAAAGAUUUAAUGGUAUCUACAUAUGAAGAGGCUGGUGUUGAUCCAAAUGAUUUGGUCUAUUUUGAAGCUCACGGUACUGGCACCAAUGUCGGUGAUCCACAAGAAGCUAAAGCUAUUGCUGAAGCUUAUUGUAAACAUCGUGAACAACCAUUAUUGGUCGGUGCUGUAAAAUCAAAUCUUGGCCAUUCAGAAGGUUCAUCUGGUUUGAAUUCGGUGGCCAAAAUUGUUGUUGCAUUUGAAAAUAAAUGCAUUCCAGCCAAUUUGCAUUUCAAUGAACCAAAACAAGAAAUCUAUGCUAUUGUUAACAAACAGAUUGAACCUGUCAUUAAGAAUACUAAAUUCCCGAACGGUAUCGUUGGUGUCAACUCUUUCGGUGUCGGUGGUGUAAAUGCUCACAUUUUAUUGAAAAGUAAUGACAAAGAAUUGACACCUGAAUCGUAUGAAAUUUGUAAACCAAUUCCACGUUUGGUUACCAUUGCUGGCCGUACUGAAGAAGGUGUAAACAUGAUGUUCGAUUUCAUUAAAAAUAAUCCGGAAAAAGUUCAUCGUGAUUUCCUUGCAUUGUUGAAUGAAUCAAUGAAAACUGGCUGGGUUGAAUCAUCAUCCAAUUUCCCACAACGUGGCUACAUGAUUAUCAAAGAAAAACCAAACAACACUGAAUUUACAACCAUCAAUAUUGAAUGUGGUGAAGUAAAAGUGCCUAAAUAUGAAUAUGAUUGUAAAAUUACCAGUACUGGUAUGGAAUAUCCUGUAUGGCUUGUAUUCUCUGGUAUGGGUUCACAAUGGUUGACCAUGGCUACCAGUAUGAUGUCUUUGGAACCAUUUGCUCGUUCAAUUCAUCAAUCGGCUGCCGUACUUAAACCAAUGGGCAUCGAUUUGAUUGAAUUGUUGACCAAAAAUGAUCCAGAAUUAUGGAAAAGUACUGUCAAUCCAUUCGUUGCCAUUACAUCUAUGCAAGUCGCCUUGUAUGAUGUUAUCAAAUUGCUUAACCUUAAAAUCGAAGGUAUUAUUGGCCAUUCAUUUGGUGAAGUUGCCUGUGCUUAUGCUGAUGGCUGUUUAACAUUGGAACAAGCUGUAUUGACAUCAUUUUGGCGUGGUAAAAUUGUUGAACAAUCCAAAUUACCUCGUGGUGUAUUGGCCGCCAUUGGUUUAUCAUGGGAAGAAGCUAAAAAACGUUGCCCACCUGGCAUUGUACCGGCAUGUCACAAUGGUUCGGAUUCCGUAACCAUUUCUGGUCUUUAUGAAGAGACGAAAAAAUUUGUCGAAAAAUUACAAGCUGAAAAUGUAUUUGCUCGUUUGGUUGCUGGUGGUGAAUAUCCAUACCAUAGUCCACAUAUGAAUGCUGUUGCACCAGAUUUGAUGGCCGCAUUGAACAAAAUCAUUCCGGAACCGAAAAAACGUAGUUCAAAAUGGAUUUCCACCUCGUUCGAUAAAAGCAAUUGGUACAUUGAAGAUGCUUGCUAUGCAUCGGCCAAAUAUUUCACCAACAAUUUGGUAUCACCUGUAUUGUUCAAUGAAGGCAUGAAUGAAAUUAGCAAAGACUCGAUCGCUAUUGAAGUUGCUCCACAUUCAUUGUUUGAUUCAAUCUUCAAACGUUGCUAUCAACGACAUCAUUAUAUUGGCCUCAUGAAACGUAAUGAACCGGAUAAUUUGAACUUUUUCCUUACGGCAUUGGGUAAAAUCUAUACAUUCGGUAUGAAUUUGGAUAUUGAAAACUUGUAUCCACGUGUUGAAUGGCCUGUUGCACGAUCAACACAAUCCUUGAGUUCAUUGGUACAUUGGGAUCAUUCAAAGAGUUUCUAUGUGAAAAAAUAUCCCGAAUUCCAUAACUUUUCAACAGCAUCCGAUUUUUAUGUUAAAAUUUCUGUUCAUGAAACUGAUUGGCAUUUCUUGCGUGACCACGCAGUCGAAGGUAAAGCAUUGUUUCCAGCUACUGGUUAUUUGUAUCUGGUAUGGCGUCGUGUUGCCAAUCAUAUUGGUCAACCUUGGAGUAAAACACCUGUUCAUUUUGAAAACGUUCGAUUCCAUCGUCCAACAUUGGUGUCCGAAACAAGUGACAUCAAAUUCACCAUUCGUCUUUUGCAAGGUAGUGGUGAAUUUUUAGUGUUUGAAGCAAACAAUCUUGUCUGUACUGGUAAAGCCACCGUUAUGGACAAUGAUAAUGGUUUGGAAGUUCAAGAUACAAUUGAACCAGCCAUUGAAGAAGAUUAUAAACAACGUCAUUCAAGUGAAUUUGAUUAUUUGUCCACAAGAGAAAUCUAUAAAGAAUUACGUAUUCGUGGCUAUGAUUAUGGUACUAAAUUCCAAGGUCUUACUGAAGCUCGUUCAGAUGGUGCUAUCGGCAAAGUCAAAUGGGACGGCCAUUUCAUUAGUUUCAUGGAUUCAAUGCUUCAUAUUUCACUUAUUGCUCUACCUCUUCGUGCUUUGUUUGUACCGGUCGGAUUUGAAUCGGUCCGUAUCGAUCCAAAAGUUUUGUUUGGUGAAAUUGAACGUGUCAAACAGGAAAAGAAAAAGACCGAAGAAGAAGAAUUCCAUUUGAAACGUGAAUUUUUGUAUUUCUCUGAUAAAACUAAAGAAAAUGAAACAUUGGAAAAAGAUUUCUCCAAUCGUGUUGAAGGUGCCAUCAACAAAGAAGAAGUUGAUCAAGAUAACCAAGAAAGCCGUGCCGAUCUUCCAAUUCAAUUUUAUGAAACUGCUUUCAUGAAAAAUGAAGAUAACAAAAUCUCAUUGAUUCCAAUAAUUUUCGAUGGAAAUAAUCGUUCAAUUGCCACUAAAGGUUUAGAAGUAAAAGGCAUGAUUCCAUUCCCAGUUCCUCGUAAAAUCGAUCAAAAAGGUUUAAUAUUGGAAAAAUAUUCACAUAUGCCAUAUUUGGAUAAAGAACAAUCACGAUUGAACGAAGAUAAACAUAAAGAAUUGAUGGAUUAUAUUGAAAUGUGUAACUAUCUAGCUACAUUGCUCGUGUUGGACAAAAAGGUUGCUAAACCAGAAAUGAAAGAAUUGGUCGUUCAAGGCAAACUUAAUGAUUUGAUUCGACAUUACACGAAAUUUGUUGAAAUGCAAGAAGUCAAUAAAUAUCGUGUGUUCAUGUUGUUGAAAGAUUUAUUGGAAUUGAAAGUGGAAAAAAUGGAAGAUGGUGACGAAAAAUUGAUGAUGUCCUGUUGUGUUGCUGAAGAUAAAUUGAAUGGUGAAGGUGGCCUCAACAAUGAAUUGUUGACCAAACAUGAUCUUUCAGCAGAUUUGGCUGUCUUAUUGCAAACAAAUGAACAUCUUGUACGACCAUUGAUCGAUACCGUAUUGGAGAAUUCAUCUGAUCGUAAUAAUUUGAAAAUGAUUGAAGUGAAUCCAGCUCAAUAUCUUUAUGCAUGGCGUAUUGUUCAAUUGAUUAAAACAUCCUAUGUUGGUAAUCUGAAUAUUGAUUAUACCUACGCCAAUACUGGUUCACAGAUUCUUAACAAAGAAUUGGAAAGUUUGAAUAUGAAAUCGAUUGAAUGGAAUCAAUCAACAAAUUCAUUCAUAAACGAUAUAAAUACUAUGGAUUUGAUCCUGUAUCGAUUGACAGAUGGUGUUGUUGAAAAUUGGAGUAUCGAUCGACAAUUGGAAGCAUUCUAUGAUGCUCUUAAAGAAAAUGGUUUCCUCAUGGUUAUCGCUCGUAAUGAUUUGAACAAAGUGGAAAGCACUUUGUAUAAAUGUUUCAAUAUUGACCCAAAACGUGAAAUCAUUCGAUCUGGUGUUGUGGAUGAAUUCAUCAAAGCAGCUAAAGCUGCUUCGUUUGGUUUGGUCGGUACAAAAACUAGCAUUUAUGGUUGUACCGCUUUGUUGUUCCGUAAACUUAAAAUGGUCUAUGAUCCGGCUGAAUUCAAUGUAUUGAAAAUUGUCAACUUUGAAUAUGAUACCUGGGUGGAUAAACUUAAAGCAUUGAUGGCACAAAGUAAAGAUGAUAACAAACCAUUGUGGCUGGUUGCCAAUGAGAAAUACACUGGCGUUGUGGGUAUGGUCAAUUGUUUGCGUUUGGAACCGGGUGGCGUAAAUGUUCGCUGUAUUUUGGAUCUGGACAAUUCAUUACCCGAUCAAAUUGAUUUUGAAAAAAGUCCAUUCAACGAAAUUGGCUAUAUGGAUUUGGUAUUCAAUGUUUACAAACAAGGACAAUGGGGUUCAUUCCGUUUCAUCACUUUGCCAGAUGAAUGUGAAAAAGUUGAAACUGAAUAUGCUUAUUUGGAUAUUGCCACCCGUGGUGAUCUAUCCACAUUCAAUUGGUAUGAAUCAGAUCACAAACAUUUCAAUCAAAUUGCCAAAGCCGACCAAGAAAAAGAUAUGGUCAUGUGCGAUGUUUAUUGUUCAUCAUUGAACUUUAAGGAUGUUAUGUUGGCCACUGGUCGUAUUCAACCUGGUCCAGAAUCGGCCAUUUUCAAUUGUGUCAUUGGUUUAGAAUUCUCUGGUCGACGUCGUGACAAUGGAAAACGUGUCAUGGGCAUGGUUCCAUUCAAAGGCUUCGCUACAACAAUCACAUCUUUUGAAGAUUUCUUGUGGGAUGUUCCGGAUGAUUGGUCAUUGGAAGAAGCUGCCAGUAUUCCGGUCGUUUACAGUACAGCUUUAUACGCUUUGAUUGUUCGUGGUCAAUUGCGUGAAGGCGAUAAAGUUUUGAUUCAUUCGGCUGCAGGUGGUGUUGGCCAGGCUGCCAUUCGUAUCUGUCAAGAUUAUAAAUGUGAAAUAUUCGUUACUGUUGGUAAUCAACGAAAACGUACAUUCCUCAAGGAAGAAUUUGGCAUUCCAGAUGAUCACAUUUUCAAUUCACGUGACAUUUCAUUCGAACGUUUGAUCAAAGAUCGAACCAAAGGUUUGGGCGUUGACAUUGUUUUGAAUUCGUUGGCUGAAGAUAAACUUCAGGCAUCACUUCGUUGUUUGGGCUUGAAUGGUCGAUUCUUGGAAAUCGGCAAAUAUGAUAUGCAAAUGAACAAACCGAUUGGCAUGUUUGCUUUCUUGCAAAACAUUUCUUUCCAUGGUGUCUGUUUGGAUGCCUAUUUCCGUGAAGGUUUUGAUUCACCAAACUUGAAACGUUUCAUGAAACGUAUGACUGAUUUAUUGUAUGAUGGUAUUAAACGUGGUGUUGUCAAACCAAUUCAACGAACAUCUUACCGAUGGAACGAAGUUGAACAGGCUUUCCGAUACAUGUCUACUGGUAAACAUAUUGGUAAAGUGAUCAUCAAAAUGCGUGAAGAAGAAAAGGAAAAACAAAUCCUUGCUAAACCAUUGAAAGUCAUUGCUAAUCGACGAACAUCAUUCAAUCCAUCGAAAUCAUAUGUUAUUGCCGGUGGUCUUGGUGGUUUCGGUUUGGAAUUACUUUAUUGGAUGGUUAUGCGUGGUGCCAAAAAAUUCGUCCUUUCAUCCAGAGGUGGCUUGAAAAAUUCAUAUCAAAAAUUGUACUUCAAACGACUCAAGGAAUUGAGCAAAUUCAUUUCAAUCUUCGAUAUCGAUGUUACGAUCGCUACAGAUAAUGUUAUCACUGAAGAUGGCGCUCGUGCUUUGAUUGAUGAAGCCAUGACUAAAGGUCCAGUUGGUGGUCUCUUCAAUUUGACAUUGGUAUUGCACGAUGCUUUUGUUGAAAAUCAAACAGCCGAAACAUUCAUCGAAGUCUGUUCACCGAAAUUGACUGGUUUGGCUAAUUUGGAUAAAAUAUCUCGUGCUAAAUGUCCGGAAAUUGAUUACUUUGUCUGUUUCUCAUCAUUGACCGCUGGUCGUGGUAAUGCCGGUCAAAUUAAUUAUGGUUAUGCUAAUUCGGCUAUGGAACGUAUUUGUGAAUGUCGUCGUGCUGAAGGUUUGCCUGGUACAGCUAUUCAAUGGGGUCCAAUCGGUGAUGUCGGUGUUGUUGCCGAACAUUUGUUGGUCGAUGCCGAUGACAAGAAACAGGAAGAUAUGCUUAAAUUGUUUGGCGGUAUUUCAUUGCAACGUAUCGCAUCCUGUUUGGAAGUAUUGGAUCGUUUAUUGCAAGUCGGUGCACCAGUAUUAUCUUCUUUGAUCAAAUCAAACUUGGAAGAUAACAGUAAUCAGAGUGAAGAUGACAUUCUCGAUCAAUUGUGUGCUCACUUGAACGUUGACAAACGAUCUCGUGAAGAAACUAUUGGUGAUGCCGGUUUGGAUAGUAUGACUGUGGUUGAAAUUCAACAACGUUUGGAACGUGAUUAUGAAGUAUCGUUGUCGGUUGCUGAUGUCAAACGUAUUACUAUUGGUGAAAUUAAAGAUUUUCGUGAUGGCAAACGUGAAGGUCUUAAAUCAUUUGCCGAAGAUAUUAAAAAGACCCGUAUGCAUUUGGCUAACAUUAGAUUCGAAAUUGCAAGCGAACCAUAUACGAUUGUUUGUCCACAUCAAGAAGUAUCGAAAAUGAAACCGAUUUUCUUCUUGCCACCAAUUGAAGGUAUCUAUGAAUCAUUGAAAGAAAUCAUUAUGGAUAUGGCCAAACAUCGACCAGUCAUUACAUUGAAUUGGAUGCGAAAAAUGAAUGAAUUGAACAAUAUCAAAAAAGUAGCCGAAUACUUUAAAGGUGUUUUGGCUAAAUUGGAACCAAAAGGUGAACAUGAAAUUGUUGGCCAUUCAUUUGGUGCCAUUGUAGGUAUUCACAUGUGUCGUAAAGCCGUACCAAUCAAAACAAUGAUCGUACUCGAUCCUAUGGAUGUAUCUAACUUUAAAGAAGAAUUUGAUCGUAAUGAAAAGGUUGAAAUGAUCUUAUCAUAUCUACGUAAUUUCAUGUCCGAACGUUUGGUCGACAAAGUCCGUAAAGAAGCCCUUUCGGUGAAGAAUGAACAAGAAUGUAUCCAAAGAAUAGCCGAUGUAUUGAAAUCACAUGGUGGUAAAGCAAUUAAUAGCAAAGAUAUUGAUGAUAUUAUCAAAGAUUCAUUCGUCCGUUCUGAAAUGAUUCUCAAAUAUCAACAGAAAAAUAUUCGUAAACUUCGAAUGUUUGGUCGUGAUUUUACACAGAAAACCGUACAAAAAAUGAUGAAGAAAAUUACCGUCAAUGUAUCUGUCAUCAAACGUAUGACACAAGAAUCUGAAAUCGAUAAAUUGAACCAUAUCCUACUUACUAGUUAUGGUAUCGCUCGAAAGGAUUUCAUCGGCCGUUUUGAUGUCUAUCAAGUCAUCGGUAAUGAAGAAGAAUAUCUCACCACACAUCUUCAUUACAUAACCAAAUUGAUCAAACUUAAACUGACAUUGAUCACGGAAGAGGAGGCACAAAAUUUGGCAUGAGAAUCAACAAUGAUUUAAUUCUCAUUCAUUCAUUUAUUGAUUAUUGAUUUUUAUCAUUAUUAUAAAUUUAAUCGCACAACAACAAUACUA